AUGGUUAAAUCCGAGAACAAUAAAGGCGAUGUUUUCUCUCGAAUACAAUAUGCAUUCCCCAUUUUGUAUGAAAAGAUUCAAAAUGAAUGUACAGAUGAAGAAUUUACUGAAGUGAUUAAAGAAAUAAAGGCAUUGGAUUUAGCACAUUUUGUCGAAGAUGUAGUUAUUUAUCAUAUAGAGUUAUAUAUUCGACAAAAUGUAGCACCUACAUUUUGGAAAAAAUUUGUGAAUGAUAUAGAUGGACAACAAGGUUUUGAACAUUUUAAAAGUGCAGUAGAUGGAUUAUAUAUAAGUCUCACAGAAUUUUUACCAUUACUGAAAAGAUUAGAAUACCUGAUGCAGGAUGAAAUAACUCAAACUGUAACAAGUGGAAACGUAUUGAGUCGAUUUAAAUUAAUUGUGCGAUCUACAUUACUAAGUCAAUUGCCACUUCAUUAUGAACAUAUAGUUGAACAAUUUUAUAAAAUUGCUUUUAAUGUAUUUUGUAGUGCAGAUAAUUCCACUCAUGCAACUACUUCUGGAAAUGAUUCCGGUCAAUGUAUGGGUUGUUAUCAAGAAGUAGAAAAAUGCCAGUGUCAAAUGAUAGUAUUUAUGUUUCAUGAAACAAAUAGAAAGUUAAUUGAGUUAGAACUAUUAGAGAGAUUAGUGGGUAAUGUUCUUACAUCAUUGAUACAUAUACGUAUCAAAAAUCAUGUGAAUCGAUCGUGUGAUAAAACAUUUGAUGUGUCUCAAUUAUCAUCACUGGAAAAUUGGCUUGAAACAGUUGUUAUGAAUUGGUUAAUAAGAAUAUACUCUGGUGGUUUUUCAAAGGUCGUAUCUUUGAGUGAUCAAACUCGCAAUGCUAUAGGCAAAUUUAAACAAAAAUUAUCUCAUUUUUUAUAUGAAACAUAUACAAGAUUUAGAAUUGAACAACUCUUUGAUAUAAUAAUAGAAUAUCCAGAUUCUCAACCUGCAAUAGAUGAUUUGCGCGUUUGUUUAGAAAGAACUGAUUUGCGAAAAGUUUUAAUAGAAAGUCUACAAGAAGCUUUAAAAACAAGGCUAUUGCAUCCAGGUGUAAAUACACCAGAUAUAAUAACAGCUUAUAUUGCAGCUAUAAGAGCAUUGAGACAGUUAGAUCCCAUAGGUGUUCUUCUUGAAACAAUAACAGAACCUAUUAAGUAAUUAUUAUGCAAUACUUGAAAUACAUUUCAUUAAUUUUGUAUUUUAGCAUUACAUUAUUGUCAUGAUCUAGCAGACGAGUUACUUAAAGGAGAAUCUUUACAAUUAGAUGAUGGUUCUGGCAAUGAAGAAAAUGAAGAUUGGGAUAAAUGGAUGCCUGAUCCUGUUGAUGCUGAUCCUGGUACAUUUAUAUUAUAUAGGGUGUAUACAAAUAUUGAUAUCAUAUCAAUGUUGGUAAAUGUAUAUGGCAGUCAGGAUCUGUUUGUAAAUGAAUAUCGGACAUUAUUAGCAGAUAGAUUAUUAUCUCAAUUAAAUUAUCACACUGAACGAGAAAUUCGCCAUUUGGAAUUAUUGAAAAGACGUUUUGGAGAAAAUCAACUUCACUAUUGUGAAGUAAUGUUAAAAGAUGUAUAUGAUUCCAAGAGGAUAGAUGGACAUAUACAAUCUGAUACUAGUUAUACUUUAGAGAAAGAGCACUUUCCUACAUCUGCAUUGAUAUUGUCAGCACAAUUUUGGCCACCAUUCAAAGAAAAUUGGAAAUUAGAAUUACCUAAAAUUGUACAAAAUCAAUUAAAUAAAUAUGUAAAGGCAUUUGAAACUCUGAAAGGAAAUAGGACACUCUGUUGGAAACCUCAUCUUGGAAAUGUUACUUUAGAAAUUGAAUUAAAGGAUAGAAAGUUAGAUAUAAAUGUAACUCCAAUACAUGCUACAAUAAUCAUACACUUUCAAGAUAAAAAAGAAUGGGCUUUAGAAGAACUUGCAGAAGUAAUGCACGCUCCUGCAACUGUAUUGCGAAGAAAAAUAACCUUCUGGGUUUCACAGGGUCUUUUGAAAGAAAUUUCUAAUGACGUUUUUGUAUUACAAGAAGAAAGUUCAACGAAAAGUAGAUCCUUAUCUGACAUUGUUGAAGAAGAAGAAGUUGAAAGUGCAAUGGCAUCUGCAAGUGAUCAGAGAGAAGAAGAACUACAAGUGUUUUGGUCUUACAUUGUUGGCAUGUUAACUAAUUUAGACUCAAUGCCUCUAGAAAGAAUUCAUCAGAUGUUAAAAAUGUUUGCAUCUCAAGGUCCAGGAGCAAUGGAAUGUGGCUUGCUUGAAUUGAGACAAUUUCUAGAUAGAAAAGUUAGAGAACACCAGUUGUUAUUUUCAGGAGGUUUAUACCGUUUACCAAAAUCAUGAAAUU